AUGGGCGUGGUACUGAGCUGGUUUGAUGGCCUCUUCGCCAAGAAGGAUGCGACCAUAUUGAUGGUGGGGCUCGAUGCCGCAGGAAAGACAACUAUCCUGUGGAAGCUGAAGCUGAACGAGGUGCAGCAGACGGUCCCGACACUGGGCUUUAAUGUACAGACGGUGGAGUACAAAAAUAUAAAGUUCCACCUCUGGGACGUAGGUGGCCAGAAGCUACUGCGGUCUCUCUGGAAACACUACUACGAGGGGGCAAACGCAAUCAUUUUUGUCAUCGACAGCAACGACAGGGACCGGGUGGGGGAGGCACGGCAGGAGCUGGAGAAGCUGCUGAAUGAGCCACUACUGGCAGGCGCAACCAUCCUUGUGCUGUGCAAUAAGCAGGACCUUCCGCACCGUCUGACCCCGGCGGAGCUGGUGGAACAGUUGGGCUUCCGCGACUACAGCCCGACUGGACUGGGGACUGCGAUGCGUGGCCGUCAGUGGUUUGUGCAGGGCUGCUGCGCGCACACCGGCGACGGGCUUUUUGAGGGGCUUGACUGGCUGUCUUCUCACCUGCCCGACACUUCGUGA